GGCGGCGGCGGCGCGGCCGGGCGCAGGGCUGCCCUUGGAAGAGGCCUCGCGCAGCCAUGGCGCCCCGUGCGUUCCCUUUGGUCAAGUUGAUGACUAAGGCAGGCGUGGCUGGCGGUGCUCUUUAUGUGGUUUACUCCCAGGGGCUGCUGGGUGGCAGCGAACAGGGUGCCCAAGCCCUCCAUAAGGCCAAGGCAGCUGUUCUGCCAGCUGUGGAAGAAUGGACCACGUAUUUUGGCUGGCAGAUUCCACCGAUUCCAAAAACUGAUUUUUCCCUGUGCAAUGCCUGGAACUCAGGGGUUCGUACCGCCAUAAGUGCUCUUUCAGCAGCCCCCAUCAAGAGCUGCGACUACACACAGCAAGGAUGGAAGUACAUCAAGGAACUUAUGAAAUGAAGCCAUCUGGAGCAGCGUCGCGUCCUCUGGCCAUUGAGCAGAGAUACCUGCGUUGCAGAGAAUAGCCCUGAUUCUAUCAGGGUCAUAAAAGAGCCACCAGAGAGCCAAUUUUUCACCAACCUGUUCUGGCUCUCUGUUUCUCGUGAAAAGUCAAUGUGAGUUCAGGUUAAAGCGGUUGGGCCCCACCUCUUGGCCGUGCUGCCAAAUUAAAGUCGGAAUGUGUGGA